GCUUAUUCCAAUCCAUUAAGAGUAUUCAAGGCUGUGGGAGUUGGAGACAACAGGGAGUUAAUCUUAUGGAAAUACUUCCUUUCACUUGGCACUGUUGCUAUUAUGCACUUUUUUUUAUUUAGUAGCCAAAUCCUUCAAGGGUUUUGGUUACUUUAAAAACUGGGGGGGUUAAAUAAGGAAUGUGGACUUUCAUAGAAAUAAUUACAACUUUUAGGCUUUAAUGAUUACAUAGAAAUAAUUAUGACUUUCAAUACUGCUGUCUCCCUCUCUUUCUAUACUUUUAACUCCUUAUCUCAUCACUACCAUUUUUAAGCAAAAGUAGAACUAUUUCCUUAACAAGCUGUCAAUGAAAUUUAAUGGCCUAAAUGGCAGGUAUAUCUUUCUUUUAUAUCAUUUCAGUCUUUCAUUCUCAUCCCUGAUAUGAGAGUAUCUUUUGUCUUACAGUCCAGUUUAUACUAAUAAUCUUUCCCUCGCCUAUUUUAUGGUGUAGACCUAAUUUCUGCCUUGUUUUGUUUUGUUUUCUCGUUGUCCUUUCGAAGCAGCUAUGCCAUGUUCCCACACUUCCCUGCCCAGAGCAUGGCAGCACUGCAGACUGCAGGUGCCACACGUCUGGAAGCUUCACUCCCACUCCCGUUCCCAAAGCCUCCCACACUUGCAGAGUCACUGCCAGCCCCCCCCAGGCUUUCAGCAGCCGAGCUGCAGGUCCGUGCCCUGGAUGAAGCCGAUGCUCCCGUUCCAGCCUGCCUGAGAUCCCAGGAUGACACAGAACUGAAAAAAACUGAGCCAGAAAAGAGGCCAAAGAAAGUCUCAGAGAUCCGAAUCAGGAAAACUGUUCCCAAGCCGGACACAAACCUUACUCCCAUGGGACUGCCCAAACCAAAAAGGCUUAAGAAGAAAGAAUUUAGUUUAGAAGAAAUUUACACCAACAAGAACUACAAAUCCCCUCCUCCAGCCAGGAGCUUGGAAACAAUCUUUGAAGAGCCCAAGGAGAAGAAUGGACACCUGAUUUCUGUCAGCCAGCAGAAGAGAAAGCGCAUUCUCGAGUUCCAGGACUUUACCCUUCCCCGCAAAAGGAAGACACGAGGCAAAGUCAAAGCGGUGGGUUCUUUCACCCGAGCCAAGAGGGCUGCCCUGCAGAGUGCAGAGCUGGAUGUGCUGCUGAGUGAGAAGCUGAUGGCCCUCGAAGCCUUUUUUGCAGAGGAGGUGGAGCAGGAGCAGGCCUCCAGCAGCUGAGGGAGCCACAGAGCCGGGAGUGGGCCAGUCAGCCUCGGGAGGAUUUUCCUCUGGGGAGAAAUCUACUGACCUCGUCAUGCAUUGCUCUCUUCUAACAUCUGAUAAUCAGUUCUUGGCUGUGACCCUCUUUAAGGUGCUAUUUUGUUUUUUAUUUUGUU